UUUGGCGGCGGAAACAUUUUCUGCGCAUACAUUUUUUGAUUGUUAUUUUCUAGUACAAGGUCAAGGACGAGAAAAGCUCAGAAUCAGAUAACAAUGGCAUCUGGCCAUCCGCUCACUGCUGAAGAAGCAGCGCCUCAGUUGGCGUUGAGGCACUCGACUUGGACAUGGUGAGAACUAAGUAGUUGCGAGCUCUCUUGCCCAGUAUACCAUGUAUACUAGUAGUGAAGAGUUUACGAGCUAGAUUGGUGUGCACAUGUGAAGUGCAGCCCCCGCGCUCGCUCUGAUCUGCCCGACAUGUGCCGUUGAGCCUGCUAAAAAUGAAGUAACUCGCUGGUCGCGCAAAGCAUGUCGUCUACUUGUCGCUGCUGCGUGCUAACAGUGGCCGUUGAGAUCACCUCGGCCCAGUGCUUGAAGUUCCCAGGCUGUUGUAGCGGCAAGGGUUCGCAGCUCAACGCCCCGUCUUCCUGGAGAGACUCGCUGCUCUUCCUGGCGGCUGGAUUCGUCUUAGCAGUGCUCUGGACGGGUCCUGGUAUCUAUUCUGGCCAGCCUCAGAACACGGACGUGCUCUGGUGGCCGUUCUUGGGCAGUCGUGGCCCAGGAUGUCACCUGCUUGACCUCAACCAGUCGCGCAUUGAACAGCACCUCCUGCUGAUGACAGUCGGACAGCGAUCGUCAGUCACACGCCGUACACUUGGCAGCUCGCUGGUGAAGAGUGGCGAUCAAGCAGCUGCUGCUCCUGCUUCUGCAGGCACUGCGGGGAGCAGCGGUAACAAGACAUCGAGCAGCAGCAGCAACAACAGCAACAACAGCACAGGCUCUAGUGGCGGCGGUAGGAGUGACAGUGACGGCACGAACGCCGUAACUGGAAAAUCCCGCGUGGCCAUCCUGGUUCCGUACCGGAAUCGCGGCGAGCAGCUCGCCACGUUCAUACCGGCCAUCUAUCGUUUCCUGUCGCGGCAGGACAUCGAGUUUGAGAUCUUCAUCGUCAACCAGCUGGGCACGGCCAAGUUCAACCGGGGGGCGCUGCUCAACAUCGGCUACGUGGAGGCGAAUCGCGACCGGGCGCGAGAUGAGCGGUUUGACUGCGUGGCGCUGCACGACAUUGACCUCAUACCCGUUCACGACGGCAACAGCUACGACUGCGGGCGUUGGCCACGCGUGAAGGCGUGGCAGCUGAGCACUGCGAUCGACAUCCACUACUGGCGACUGCCGGCCGGCGAUGCGGACGGCGGCGUGAAUCUGGUGCAGGCCGGCGCCUUCGAGGAGGCCAACGGCUUCAACAACCGCUUCUACGGCUGGGGCGGUGAGGACAACGACUUCAAGCGGCGCCUGCAGUCGGUCAGCGGUGGCUUUGAGAAGCGCAGUGCGGCCACGGGCCGGUACUGCGCCAUACGCAAGGCUCACCGCAAGUCCAAGCAGGUGGCCGACGACCGCUUCGCGCUGCUGCGUAACUACCAGGCGUUGCUCGUGGAGGGCGUCGCCACGAUCAAGUAUCGACUGCUGCGUCGCGCCGACCUGCGCCUAUACACGAUGGUCGACGUGGAGCUGUGGCAGCACGAGGACGAGGAACGAACGGGGCGUGCCGACACGGAGACAAACGCGGGACGCUAGCCUGGUUUUGAAUGUCACACUACAUGCAGCGUACCUGUACAUGUAGCCCGGGACUGAGAUCAUGCUUUCUCUGCGCUCUUCUUCUAGCAGGCAAUGUUAGUCAUGUAUCGUUGACGAUAAAUUCUUAGUAGCCAUGUGAUGAGCACCGAAAUCAGUGUGUGUUUUGUCACACUGUCUGCCCGGUUAUAGCCCAGCAUAGGUUGUGGAAGUUGCUUCUUGAAACUGAGUACGAUUUGAGUCCAAGGAAUAUUAUAGGUGAUCUACUCUCCCAUUAUGACAUUAUACAUCCCCAAUUGAUCCAGUCUUUAUACCCAGAGUGCUGGCACUUUCCCUUGAAUACCUACUUGAACGUGCAUAACCAAAGCAAAGCUAUAAUAAUUAUCUUGUAUCCGCUUUCAACUCCUGCCGUGCCUGGCAGUUUGCUCCCUGUGUAUGCACGUGUGCGCGCGCCCGUGUGUGUGUGUGUAGGCAACUAUCCUGGCCGUUUUAUGCCGAUGUACUCCUUGUGGUGUAGACCAGGUGUGCAUUGGUGGUCGAUUGACAUGGCUUCGUCAGUUGUGUGGAUUAGGCAGUUAUCUGGCGCAAGUCUUGAUCUGUCUCAUUCAGAUCUUGUUCGCUAUCGUUGCUAUAAGAGAAAAUCUGUGGGUGCACAUUCAGUGCAUUUUCAGAUUUGCGUGCUUCUCU